UAGUAUACCAAGAAUUAAUAAUUGAUGUUAAUUGUUAAUAUAUGCGUACAUGCCAUCUCUGUGCUUUUUCAGUCUCCUGGGUUCUAGGAAGUUUGUUUGAAGCAGCGGAAUAGGGAGUUCUAGGGCUUGACAGAGUUUCUGACCAUUAAGCAACAACGUCUCUCUUCUGGUCCGGAGAUCGGGAUGGCUCUCACUCGAAUAUCAUCGCCACCGAUGGCUAUCCAUCAAUAAUUGCAGCUCACCGACUUCGUUUUGGUUUUCGAUCGGAUCUAUCAUUUUCCAUUCUUAGGUGGACAACAGUUUCUUCAGGAACCAAGAAUUUUGGGCUGCUGAAAUUUUUUGAUAGAGAGAGAGGUUUAUCUUAAGGAAUGCCUUCUCUUCAGCUUUUGCAGUUGACUGAGCAUGGACGAAGCCUUUUGGCUUCAAGGAGAAAAACUUUAUUGCUUGCAACUGGUAUUGUUGUUGCCGGUGGCUCAGCUGCUGCAUACAUGCAAUCACGGAAGAGCCUUAAGAAUCAAAGUUCCAUAGACCAGUAUGAUGGUCCCAGUGGUGAUGUAGAGUUGAAUACAUCUGUUGGAAUGAGUGAUAGUAUUGUGAAGAAAAGCAGGCAAAAGAAAGGAGGACUGAGGUCCUUGAAGGUUUUAGCAGCAAUUCUUUUAUCUCGAAUGAGUAGCUUGGGCACCAGAGACCUUUUAGCUUUGAUAGUCACAGUGGUAUUACGAACUGCUGUGAGCAAUAGAUUAGCAAAAGUUCAGGGUUUUCUUUUUCGUGCUGCUUUCCUUCGACGUGUGCCGUUGUUCUUCCGCCUCAUUUUUGAAAACAUUUUAUUGUGUUUCCUCCAGUCAGCCUUGCAUUCUACCUCAAAGUACAUAACAGGAACCUUAAGUUUGCGAUUUCGAAAAAUAUUGACAAGGCUUAUCCAUGCACAAUAUUUUCAGGAUAUGGUAUACUACAAACUAUCUCAUGUCGAUGGUCGCAUAACGAACCCUGAACAAAGAAUUGCAAGUGAUGUACCAAAGUUCUGUUCAGAGCUGAGUGACCUUAUACAGGAGGAUCUUGUUGCUGUUGCUGAUGGAAUACUGUAUACUUGGCGUUUGUGUUCAUAUGCAAGCCCAAAAUAUUUGUUCUGGAUAUUGGCCUAUGUUUUUGGGGCUGGGGUUGCAAUAAAAAAUCUUUCUCCCGCAUUUGGUAAGCUGAUGUCAAAAGAACAGCAACUGGAAGGAGAGUACAGGCAGCUUCACUCACGAUUAAGGACACAUGCGGAAAGCAUUGCAUUUUAUGGUGGUGAAAAAAGGGAAGAUUUUCACAUUCAACAGAAGUUUAAGUCUCUUGUUCGGCAUUUGAGGGUUGUGCUUCAUGAGCACUGGUGGUUUGGCAUGAUUCAGGAUUUUUUGCACAAGUAUCUUGGUGCUACUGUUGCUGUUGUCCUGAUAAUUGAGCCCUUUUUUUCUGGACACCUGAGACCAGAUGCGUCAACAUUAGGAAGAGCAGAGAUGUUGAGUAAUCUGAGAUAUCAUACCAGUGUCAUAAUAUCUUUAUUCCAGGCCCUUGGAACGCUUGCAAUUAGUUCAAGACGACUUAAUCGUCUAAGUGGCUAUGCAGAUCGUAUUCAUGAACUCAUGGUGAUUUCACGAGAGCUAGGUGCCCAUGAUGUAUCUACACUGCAAACUAAUGGGGGUAGGAAUUUUGUUAGUGAAGCAAACUACAUUGAAUUCGAUGAUGUUAAGGUUGUUACGCCAACUGGAAAUGUAUUAGUGGAGGACUUGAGCUUAAGAGUUGAAUCCGGGUCCAACCUUUUAAUAACAGGUCCAAAUGGUAGUGGCAAAAGCUCACUUUUUCGAGUUUUGGGGGGCCUUUGGCCUCUUGUUUCUGGCCAUAUUGCAAAACCUGGAUUUGGUUCUGAACUUAACAAGGAGAUCUUUUAUGUACCUCAACGGCCAUAUACAGCUAUAGGGACACUCCGUGAUCAGAUAAUAUAUCCUCUUACUUCUGAUCAGGAGGUUGAACCUCUCACACAUAGUGGAAUGGUUGAACUACUUAAAAAUGUUGAUCUUGAGUAUCUAUUGGACCGUUACCCACCUGAAAAAGAGGUAAAUUGGGGUGAUGAGUUAUCUCUAGGUGAGCAGCAGAGAUUGGGAAUGGCCAGGCUUUUCUACCAUAAACCCAAAUUUGCGAUUCUUGAUGAGUGUACUAGUGCUGUGACAACGGAUAUGGAAAGCCGUUUUUGUGCUAAAGUAAGAGCAAUGGGAACAUCUUGUAUAACUAUAUCUCAUCGCCCUGCUCUGGUUGCAUUUCAUGAUCUGGUCUUGUCCUUGGAUGGUGAAGGGGGUUGGACUGUACACCACAAGAGGGCAGAUUCUCCUUCUCAUAAUGAGCAUGAGUUCAAUAAUAAGAAGCAUGCUGAGUUUGGUAGAAAGAAGCUUUCUGAUGCUGAGCGUCAAAGUGAUGCAAUGACUGUUCAGCGUGCAUUUGCAAACACAAAACAGGAUAUGACAUUUUCAAGUUCACAAGAUGAAUCAUACUUUUCAGAGUUGUUAGCGGCAUCUCCUCCAGCAGAUGAUAAUUCCAAGUUUCCUGUAUUUCCCCAACUUAAAAGCGUUCCAAGGAAAUUACCUGUGAGAGUUGCUGCUAUGUGUAAAAUACUGGUCCCAACAAUGUUGGAUAAACAGGGCGUUCAACUUUUAUCAGUUGCUUUACUUGUCUUGUCUAGAACUUGGAUUUCUGAUCGCAUUGCCUCUUUAAAUGGAACAACUGUGAGGUAUGUUCUGGAGCAAGAUAAGGUGGCAUUUAUUCGACUAAUUGGUGUCAGUGUCCUUCAAAGUGCGGCCUCUUCUUUCAUUGCACCAUCUUUGAGAAACUUGACAUCAUUGCUGGCUCUUGGAUGGAGGAUCCGUCUGACUAAACACUUACUGAAGAACUAUUUAAGAAAGAAUGCAUAUUACAAGGUAUUUAACAUGUCAAGGGUCAACAUUGAUGCUGAUCAAAGAUUGACUCAAGAUCUUGACAAGCUAACCACUGACUUGUCUAGUCUGGUUACUGGAAUGGUGAAGCCAACUGUAGACAUCUUAUGGUUCACAUGGAGAAUGAAGCUUUUAACUGGUCGACGGGGAGUUGCUAUAUUAUAUGCUUACAUGUUUUUAGGUUUAGGUUUUCUGAGGUGUGUAACUCCUGAGUUUGGUGACCUAUCAAGUCAUGAACAACAGCUAGAAGGAACCUUUAGGUUUAUGCACGAGAGAUUGCGUACACAUGCUGAAUCUGUUGCUUUCUUUGGAGGUGGUACCCGAGAAAAGGAGAUGGUUGAAUCAAGAUUUAAGGAACUUCUUCAUCACUCUGCAUUGCUUCUAAAGAAGAAAUGGCUUUUUGGUAUAAUAGAUGAGUUUAUCACAAAACAACUUCCCCAUAAUGUUACAUGGGGAUUGAGUCUAUUGUAUGCUGUCGAGCACAAGGGUAAUCGUGCUUUGACUUCAACUCAAGGUGAGUUGGCACAUGCACUGCGAUUCUUAGCUUCUGUUGUAUCUCAAAGCUUUUUAGCUUUUGGAGACAUUCUUGAGCUGCAUAGAAAGUUUGUUGAACUUUCUGGUGGCAUCAAUAGAAUUUUUGAGCUGGAAGAGCUUCUAGAUGCUGCUCAAAAUGAUGAACCUGCUGGUGUUCCCUCAUCACCAUCCUCCUCUGAGGAUGUUAUUUCUUUCUCUGGAAUGAAUAUUAUUACACCAGCACAAAAACUCUUGGCGAGGAAACUGACAUGUGAUAUAAUGCCAGGGAAAAGCCUUCUUGUGACUGGUCCUAAUGGAAGUGGAAAGAGUUCCAUCUUCCGAGUACUCCGUGGUUUAUGGCCAGUGGUUAGUGGAAGCCUUGUUAGACCAGACCAACAACUUAAUUCAGGAUUUGGAUGUGGUGUAUUUUAUGUUCCCCAGCGACCGUAUACAUGCUUAGGAACUCUAAGGGAUCAAAUUAUAUAUCCUCUGUCACGCGAAGAAGCAAAGAGAAGAGCAUUAGCCUUGAUAAUGGAUGAUCAAAAGUCUACUGGAUCCCAGGAAAUUCUUGAUUCUUAUCUGAAGACUAUUCUAGAGCGUGUUAAACUACUCUAUCUUUUGGAAAGAGAAGGUGGUUGGGAUACAAACCAGAACUGGGAAGACAUUUUAUCCCUUGGAGAACAACAGAGAUUGGGAAUGGCACGGUUGUUCUUUCACAAGCCACGAUUUGGAAUACUUGAUGAAUGCACCAAUGCUACAAGUGUGGAUGUCGAGGAGCACCUUUAUAGGCUCGCAAAGGACAGUGGCAUCACAGUUGUUACAUCUUCUCAGCGUCCUGCGUUGAUACCAUUCCAUUCAUCGGAGUUGCGGUUGAUUGAUGGGGAGGGCAAGUGGGAACUGCGUUCAAUUGAGCAAUAACUUGCAAUUUCUGCUGUCAGUUGUUGGCUGGCAAGCAAGAAGAUUAUUUCAGAGAGCAUUUUCUCAUUGGUUCAAGGUUAGCAAAUUUCUUCAUGAAAUACAAACCAAGGCAAACACUUGUUAAUUUUUACUCCAGGUAAGCAGUAUUAGGGGAUAUAGAAGCAUUUAAUUAUUUAUUGUAACAUAGCAAAAUUGUGCAUAGUCGUAGUAUUAAUUACGGCGUAAUAUUUUUUUUCACGCUUUUGUUGUAAUAGCCAUAAUUUUGAAUUUUCAUCAGCCCCCAUUAAUAAAUUUGUGAUAAAUUUGGGGCUGUUAAAGGCAACUCAGUUUGAUAUUUUGAAGUAGCCGUCUUCUUUGGUAA